UGGGCGGAGCCCGAGCAGGGCGCGCUGCCUGGAGCUGCCUGGAGCUGCCUGGGCUGAGGUGCCGGCCACGUCCCCGCGCCCGGUCUCGGGCUCCUUCCUGCGGUUUGAGGGCCGCCGGGCCGCCGCGGGCCUCCCGCGCCCGGAUGCGUCUGUUCCCGGAGCGGAGAGUCUACCUUCGUCUCACAUGUGCCACAAAGGAUGGCAUGGCCCAGGAGUGCCCCACCACGUGGCUUUCACCCCCUGCAAAGCCAGAUCUUACCCGACAACACAGUGCCAAGCCCACAGCUCUCCAAGGAGAAAGAUGGCCCAGGCUGGGAGCAUGCCCUUAGCAGCAGCCUCUGGCAACUUUGUCCCUAACAAGACGUGGCAUGGAUUAGUGAAGAGGAAUGCAUCUGUGGAAACACUUGAUAAUAAAACGUCUGUGGGUAUAACCAUGGCAGCAUCUCCUGUCACGUUGACUAAAGGGACUUCCGUAGCCCCCCUCAACUCUACGGAAGACACACCAGAGGACACAAGCAGGACAGAUGUGGGUGAACCAGUAACUUCAGGAGGUGCAGCUGAUGGUGUGGCCUCCAGCGCUCCCACGACUGCGGCCUCCAGCACUUCCAGGUCUGCGGCCUCCAGCACUUCCAGGUCUGCGGCCUCCAGCACUUCCAGGUCUGCGGCCUCCAGCGCUCCCACGACUGUGGCUUCCAGCACUUCCAGGUCUGCUGCCUCCAGCAUUCCCACGACGCUCACACCGCCUGGGCCCACGUCCCUGUUCGCAGGGCAGACCCCAUCUACUACCGCUGCCGGGCACCCAUCUCUCAGCACAGCCCUCGUACAAGUGCCAAGUAGCAGCUCGUCGCCAAGAACAGCAGCCCUGGCCACAAUGGCCACACGUGCUCAGACUGUAGCUACCAGAGCAAACACAAGCAGACCCAUGAGCACUCCCAGUCCUUCUGAGUACAUGACCAGUGACACCAUGGCAAGCCCUACACCCGCUACACAUCCCCAAGCACAAGGUCCCACUCGCCAGGUGUCAGUGGAUCAGCCCGUGGUUAACACAACAGACAGAUCCAUACCGCCCUCAAACACAUCUCCAGAGCCCAGUGCCACCCACUCUGUGGCUUUGGUGUCCCCCACAGUGGUGACCACCCCCAAGCCACAAUCCAAGGAGCCAACUGCCAGCACAGUGCCAGCACCUCACAUUAGCCCAGUGUCUGAGGUGGAGGCCACGUCCCUCACAACACAGCCAAGCCCCACGCCAUCUACCCCAGGGGCCACUGGGCCACGCACACCCCAGGCACCAGAGCAGGUAGAGACUAACGCCCCUGCGCCAACACCCAGGAGCUCAGGGGACCCCAAGAUGCCAGCCACGGACUCAUGCCAGCCCAGCACCCAAGACCAGUACCUGGUGGUCACUACCGAGACCCUCACCCAGGCUGUGGUGGACAAAACAUUCCUCCUGGUGGUGCUCUUACUCGGGGUGACCCUGUUCAUCACAGUCUUGGUUUUGUUUGCCCUGCAAGCCUAUGAGAGCUACAAGAAGAAGGACUACACCCAGGUGGACUACUUAAUCAACGGGAUGUACGCAGAUUCUGAAAUGUGAGGGCGGCGGGGCCUGGCGGGAGGCGGGCCCCUUCCUUGUCCUUUCCUUUUGCCUUUGAGACCAAACCAAGUGCUUCCAAAUUCUUUUGGUGCAGUUUAGGAGAUAUGCCAGAUGCUUAAACACAUUUCAUUGCUGUCAGAUAAUUCCAUGAUCACUAAAGAGUUGCUGCUUUUUUCAUA